GGGGGGAGCUCAGGGACCGUCUGCAAAUAACCUUCGGCGGCCGCUGCCGCUCCGAGCAGACCCGGCCCGGCCGUGAGGGCUGUAGGGCAGCGGCCCCGCCGCGGGACCGGGCCGAGGUGACGUCACGGAAAUUACAAAAAACAACCGGAAAACGGGGGAGAACGGUCAAAUUCCGCCGCUUUCCGUUUUUGCCCCGGUUCGGAAUUUGCCGAUGCGCCCUCAAACGGACGGAAGCGGAGCUCUUUGAGGGCUGGACCGAGGCGCGUUCGCCGGCAGGGAACAUGUCCGCGGGCCGGCCGUUCCGGGGGUGCGCCUGCUUUUUCACCGACAACAUCUUCGUGGGGCGGUUCGGGCUCCACGUGCGGUACCGGGACGGGCCGCAGCUCCGCCGGGACCACGGCCGGGCGCUGCGGGAGCGCGGCUGCCGGAGCGAGGAGCAGUUCCGGGAGGUGCUGCGGGAGAUUGAGGCAGAAGUGCAGAGAAGAAAACAGUUAAUCCAUCAGUCAGUGGAACGAAGAGCCAUCAUCUCCAAGUGCUACAAACCAAAGCACCCAGAGGUGUACACUCUGCAGGAUUCCUUCCUGGCCCCAGAGUUUCUGGAAAUUGUGAGGUUCUGCACAUCUCCGGGUGCUGAUCUCCAGGGCCUCCUGUGCUACCUCGAGUCCUUCUCAGAUAAGAGGAUCUAUCGACUCCCAGUGUUCACAGAGGAGUUCUGCCAAGCCUUUGUGGAUGAGCUGGAGAACUUUGAGCAGUCGGAUAUGCCUAAAGGCAGGCCUAACACCAUGAAUAACUAUGGGGUUCUGCUGAACGAGCUGGGGAUGGACGAGCCUUUCCUGACGCCCCUGCGGGAGCGCUUCCUGCAGCCCAUCACUGCCCUGCUGUACCCGGAGCUGGGCGGGGCCUGCCUGGACAGCCACAAAGCUUUCGUGGUCAAGUACUCCCUGCACGAGGACCUGGACCUGAGCUCUCACUAUGACAAUGCUGAAGUCACCUUGAACGUUUCCCUGGGAAAAGAGUUCACAGAAGGCAACUUGUACUUUGGGGAUUUCAACCAGGAUCCCAGCCCCGUGCCGCAGUACACAGAGGUGGAACACGUGGCAGCCCGGGGGCUGCUGCACCGAGGAGGGCAGAUCCACGGCGCCCUUCCCAUCGCCUCCGGGGAGCGCUGGAAUCUCAUCGUGUGGAUGAGAUCAUCGGCCAUCCGGAACCAGCUCUGCCCCAUGUGCAACAGGAAACCCGAGCUGGUGGAAGCAGAGGGCUUUGGGGAUGGGUUCACAGAAGCCCUGGGAGAGGAGGUGGCCCAGACCGUGAAUCUCUGUGCCUUGGGGUAGCGGCUGGUGCCGCCUGAUUUCCCCACACCAAGUUGCCCAAAGCUCCUUUCUGACCUCUCAGGCUCUGCUGGGUGCACGAGUCCUGUAAGAAGCAGCUCUCACCUUGGGAAGGGAUGCAAAGCCAGCCCUGCCAGGAUUCCAGCUGGAAGAGCUGGACCUCGGCUCGUGAGGGCUCACGCUGGGGCUGGAGGACUCUGUGUCAGACACAGAAAGCCCCAACACUGAAUCACUGCAGGAGCUCUGUCAAUAUUUCCAAGUGCACAGGGAAAACACCCAGAGCUCCUUGGCCUCUCUGCCACCAGCAGCAUCCCAGAUCCCACUGGGAACAGGAGAGGAUGGUACAGUAAGCCAUUUCUGGGCUGUUCUUAGGGCCUCUUGUCCUCUUCCAGGGGAAGAGCCUUUUGUUGCUGAGUGGCAGGGAAGGAUCUGCUCAGAAAUGAGACCCAGGUGAUUCACAGUGGGCUGCUGGGAAUGGCAUGGAAUUGUCACCACUGGAUGUUUGUCUAACCCAGGCUCAGAAAAAUCCAUCAGGAGCAGCACAGGGAGCACUGAUCCCCCAGGGUGGCUGAGAGGUCUCCCAAGGCUUCUUGGGGGCAGAAACUUCCCGUACAAAGGUUUUGUGAACAUUUUUAAGCAGAGACAGAGCUCUGGGAGCUACCUGCAGCACAGCAAAACCUCCCAGAGGAGGGCAAGAUGGACAUUUAACUCCCUUUGCUUUAGUUACAUGAGCAAGUGAAAAUAUAAAAUAACUCCCAACCUGGAUGCAGCAGACAGGCCUGGGGCUUCUUAAUUUGACACCUGAUGGAUUAGAAGGGUCAGGUGCUUUCCCCUCCUUACUUCUAUCUGGCUGAGAGCAUGUGACUCUUCCACCUACUGAACAAAUUAAAGAAGCCAAAUAUCUCUGA